UGGUGCUUGUAAAGAUACACUCUUUUCGCAUCACGACACCCCGUUUGCACCAUAUAAGGUAUAGCGGCGCGCUUCUUGGUGCUUGUAAAGGUGCACUCGAUUCCCUCGACCUCGCCGCCUUGCGCUGGACGACGGCGAGAUGCUUUCUGUACCCGCAGGUAUAAAAGCAGUGGCUCCGACCGCCAUGAUGCCUCCAUUGCCUACCCGCGUCGCGCAGAAACUCGAUACUCUCCGCCAUGUCUGUCACACAGUCUGUGUAUUACAAUCACGAUGACCUCGUCUCCUUUGCCACUGACAUUACAACCCCCCUACAGCACUGGGAAUGGUCCGGAUCGCCUGAUGCGACAUCGGGUGAUCUCUUCCUUGCCCCGGAUGCCGAACUCCUCAUCGACGACGCGUUCAAUACACCGUUGCCUUACACAGAUCCGUCGGAUGUAAACUCAGCAUCGCAGUCAGUAGAUGCAUUUCAGGCCUUUGGGAACGAUGUCCUCUGGGACUACCUUCCUCCUGUCGUGUGGUCCCCGGAGUUGCUCACGACUGUCGACACGUAUGGGCUUCCCUACUUCGACGGGGACAUCUCGUAUACGAGCGCAAGUGGGAGCUCUACGAGCGCCAUGACUUCCACAUCACGCGCGAGAUCGAACACAUUCUCUCCCGUCCCGCACACCCUCACAUCGUCGUUCCUCCGCCGAGCACGCACGACGACUCCGCGCAACAAGCAGGUCGGAUUUGCCUCCACGACGCAGCGCGAGGAACACAACGGGUGGUUCACCUGCUCGCACUGCGAUUUCUUGACGCGGCGCAAGGGCGACUUCGACCGCCACGUCCGCACGCAUUUCGCGCUUAGUCGCGGGCCAGAGUGGGUUUGCUGUGGGGUGCCGGAGGAGGAUGCUCCCGGACACUCCGGGGAGAAGUACGAGCAUGGAGGGCGGCGAAUGGUUGGUGGAUGCCUGAAAAGCUUCAGCCGGCGGGACUCAAGGUGGGAUGUUUGCGACCUGUACAUCUCUAGAUGGCGGGCGGCUGUGUAGGGAUAGACCUUGAGCUCGAGUCACUUAUGUUCA